AUGUCUACCACAACGACAACAACCGCUUCAGCCGCUACAGCCGCGACCCCGAGCAUCGGCUCUCGGAAAAAUGGCAAAAACUGGCAUGGCACCAAGAAGGCAUUCCGUCCUAAUGCGGGUUUGACCUCAUAUGCUAAGCGUCAAGAGGCACGCAAGCACGCCGACGCAGUGAAGGAGUUGGAGCGUGAGAUGAAGGCUGAACAUGAAGCUGAGCGCAAGGCUCAUAUCCAGCGCAUCAAGGACCGCCGGGAAGCCAAGGAGGAGAAGCUUCGCUACGAGAAGAUGGCCGAGAAGAUGCACCACAAGAGAGUCGAGCGUCUCAAGCGCAGAGAGAAGCGCAACAAGCUGCUCAACUCUUGA